AGUAAGAAAAAAUGUUUUGCAUCACAUCACAGUCACAAAUUAUUAUGCAUUGUUAAUUAUUCACUUCUGUACGUUUAAGAUUUUUAAUGUGUAAAGCCUACUGUUGUUUUAAAUUAUCCCUUCAAGAUUUCAGUUAAAAGUAAUGAAUAAUUAUGUUUGGCUAUAGCAAGGAAGCAGUUAGAGUGAAAGUCAAGAAAUGUGAAGGGAAGCUUCAACCUGAAUUAAGGAAAUUUUCUGUAGAUCCCCAAAUCACUUCAUUAGAAGUGUUACAAAGCAUUUUAGUUAAAGCAUUUGAUAUCAAAUCUGAUUUCACACUAUCAUUUAGAACCCUAGAUGACUAUGGCCAAGAGAUUUACUUACCUCUUCUUUCUGAUUGGGACCUUGAUGCUGCUUUUCUCAAGGCUCAUAAUAUAGCUCUAACACAGAGAUCAGAACCAUGUGUACAACUCAAAGUGGAUAUGAAGCCGUUUGCUGAAGCGUCGGAAGACUGGGAACCUCCUACAAGCCCAUCACCUAUUACUAACCAGGCUAGCAAAGAACAACCAACGGUUUGUCCAGCAUCACAACAAGUUGAGAAACAAGAGUCACAAACGGGUUUUCAAGGAUUAAUCAUGAAUCAAGUUGAAAAAACAUUUAACAUAGUAUCAAGGGCACUGAAUUUGUAUGAAGACCCUAAUACACCACCUCGUCCACCUCUCAAUGACAUCGAGUUUAGGGCUUUCCUUGAUGCUGUAGGACAAAUAACAAAUACUUCUAAGUUACGGGAAGUUAUAUAUUGUGGUGGAAUUGAACCGAGCUUAAGGUAGGCUAUAAAUAUUUUUUAUCUAUUUUAUUCCUGUUUUAUAUUUUAUUUCAUACUUUGGUUUUAAGAGCCCUCUUACAUUUUGGCGUUUCGCAAAUUUAGGUAUUUUACGCACCAAGCGGGCGGCGAGCUUCGUGACCGAUACUUUCUUUCAUAUCUAAUAAACUGGUAAGAUCAACUCUCGCAAUUCAAAUUACCAGUUAAGUGUUAACAACAAAUUAACUGUAUCAGAUCAGGACGUAGCAAUGGUUUUUGAGAAAUAUUUUACUGAUAUUCCGAUCUUGACCACUAAGUCACUGAAUUCUUCUCCUGCCGUCGCCGAAUCAUUACUUAAACAAAAUGUAAAGGUGUGUACAAAGAAUUUUACAUUUCAUAAAGUGUCAUCAAAAGAUAUUGUAAAAUAUUUUAAAACUAUUGAUGUUAAGAAAACUGCGGAUCUGUGGGGGAUUUCCGUUAAAGUUAUUGCGUCUAUAAUAGAUACAAUCGCGCCUCAUUUAGCUAUUAUUUUUAAUACUAGUAUCGAAUCUGGUGUGUUUCCUGAUUUAAUGAAGCAAAGUAAAGUAAUACCUUUAUUUAAAUCUGGUAGUACAUUAGACCCCGCCAAUUUUAGACCUAUUUCUGUACUACCAACACUUAGUAAGAUUUUUGAAAAAAUUGUUCUUGAUCAAAUGUUAAAUUUUUUUAAUAUAAAUAAUUUACUUCAUAAAAAUCAAUUUGGUUUCACAAGGGGUUGCUCGACAACUGAUGCCGGUGUUGAGCUGAUUAAAUAUAUCUUUAAUGCAUGGGAGAAUUCACAGGAUGCUUUGGGUAUAUUUUGUGACCUAUCCAAGGCCUUCGAUUGUGUUCACCAUGAAACAUUAAUCAGGAAACUUCAACACUACGGUGUAAGAAGUGAUGCUCUUAAAUUAAUUAUUUCAUAUUUAAGUAAGAGAACGCAAAAAGUUGUCAUUAACAAUAUGAGCUCUUCCGGAUCGAUGGUACAAAUGGGCGUGCCUCAAGGCUCAAUUCUCGGCCCCUUUCUGUUUCUUGUAUACAUUAAUGACUUACCUUACAUAGUAGGGGAUAACCAUGAUAUAGUAUUAUUUGCAGAUGACACUUCUUUAAUUUUCAAAUUAAGUCGACAGUUACUAAAAUAUGACGAAGUAAAUAAUGCUAUAUCUAAAUUAGUAAAUUGGUUCGAUGUUAAUAAUUUGCAUUUAAAUGGCACUAAAACAAAAUGUAUGAAAUUCGUGACUCCAAAUGUCAAACAAUUAAAUACUAAUGUAAUUUUAAAUGGGGAGAAACUGAGUCUUGUAGAUACCACCAUUUUUCUUGGAAUCACACUAGACGCGAAGCUUCAAUGGAGCCCCCAUAUAUCAAAACUAGCAAGCAGACUUAGUUCUGCAGCAUAUGCUGUAAAAAAGAUUAGAAGUCUAACCAGUGUUGAAACAGCUAGACUAGUUUACUUCAGCUACUUCCAUAGCAUAAUGUCGUAUGGUAUUUUGCUAUGGGGACACGCAGCUGACACUGAAAUUAUAUUUGUUUUGCAGAAGAGGGCCAUAAGAGCAAUUUAUGAUUUAAAGUCUAAAGAGUCGCUGCGACAAAAAUUUAAGGAAAUUAAUAUAUUAACUUUGGCCUCUCAAUACAUUUAUGAAAAUGUAAUGUACGUACAC